GCUCCGCAGCCCCGCACCGCCCGGCUCUGGCCCCGGCGACAGCGGCGGCGCAGUAAGUUGGCAGGAGCGAGUCCCCUCCGUUCUCGCCUCCCCCGCACCUUUUGAACUUGUUGCUGCUGCUCGGCUCGCCUGCGCCUGGCUUUUGGAAGGUGAAAAGGAGGAGGGAAGCAUAGAGGGAUGGGGGAAGGGGAAGAAGAGCUCGCUUGAGCUUUAUUUAUGCUCUCUGAGCGCAUCGGAUUCGGCUGCUCGGGAGCUGCUUUCUCUGCUUUUCCCUUUGCUGGUGCACGGCGAGGAGAAAGUCUCUAUGCAACUCAGCCCCGGCGCGCACUCUGCCAGGUAUGUACCGCGAGCGAGGCGCGUUCUGCGCGGAGGCAGAUGCUGCUGCUGCCGCCGCCGCGGCGGCGACUGCCAGCUCCCGGCUUCUGUAACUGUCACACUGCACCUGAGCUGAACUUGAAAAGAGAGUGAAGGGGCGAUUGGGCAGACGCUUUUGACAGACACAGGGGGUGCUUGUAGACGUGGGGGAGGAGGAUCUGUACAACGCCCCCCACCGUGCCCACCGCACAGCACCUCCAUCUCUGCAAACACGGCCCAAGGAGUAGAGGCGGCGACCGGACUCCCAAAGAGACAUGGGGCAGCGGCUGUGACCGCAUCUCGGAAGCUAAAACAACAGGUCGCCUUUCUGAGACUCCUUUGGCGGGAAGGGCCACUUGGAAAGGGAAGGUUUGAAAGACCUAAAGGGGAAGGUGGAGGGGUUCUCUAAAUCAUCAAAAGAAUACCACUGAGUGACUGCCCUUCGUUUUCUCUAUCCUACACGACGCAUACUGACCCUACAUUAUCCAGACUGUGUCAGGGGAGAACUCAGACACCUGUUUGAAGAAAUUGCUGCAUCUAGAGUCACCUGUGUACUUAUCUGUGCCAGGAGUGGCCUGGUUCAACUGCUGGAAGAGGUUUGGUUAGGUUCUGCUGGGCGUGAUUGUUAGGACAUUGUAUUUUCUUCUUCUUCCUGCUACAAAUUCCUGUGUUGGAGGGAAACUUGCCCUUCUGCGAACUGUGACUUCACCAGGAGCCCUACGCUGGCAUACGAGUGAUACUUCCGGACCUCAUUUCUCAGUGGUAUUUUGUUUGACGGGAGGAAGUGAGUGAUUGUGGCUACUUUGCCCCGUCCUAGAGGCCUGACUGCCCUUCUUGCCUCCACGUCAAGGAACCAUGGCGGCGGGUGUAGCAGCCUGGCUGCCCUUUGCCAGGGCAGCAGCCAUUGGGUGGAUGCCUGUGGCCUCGGGGCCCAUGCCAGCUCCCCCAAGGCAGGAGAGAAAAAGGACUCAAGAUGCUCUGAUUGUGCUCAAUGUGAGUGGCACCCGUUUCCAGACAUGGCAGGACACCCUGGAACGCUAUCCAGACACUCUGCUGGGCAGUUCUGAGAGGGACUUUUUCUACCAUCCGGAGACUCAGCAGUAUUUUUUUGACCGUGACCCAGACAUCUUCCGCCAUAUUUUGAAUUUCUACCGCACCGGGAAGCUCCACUAUCCUCGCCAUGAGUGCAUCUCUGCUUAUGAUGAAGAACUGGCCUUCUUUGGCCUCAUCCCAGAGAUUAUUGGCGACUGCUGUUAUGAGGAGUACAAGGACCGCAGGCGGGAGAACGCGGAGCGUCUACAGGACGACGCAGAUACUGACAACACCGGAGAGAGCACGCUGCCCACUAUGACUGCUCGGCAGAGGGUCUGGCGGGCAUUUGAGAACCCCCACACCAGCACAAUGGCCCUGGUGUUCUACUAUGUUACAGGGUUCUUCAUUGCUGUCUCAGUCAUCGCGAAUGUGGUAGAAACAGUGCCGUGCGGGUCUAGCCCCGGGCACAUUAAGGAGCUGCCUUGUGGGGAGCGGUAUGCAGUGGCCUUCUUCUGCUUGGAUACAGCCUGCGUCAUGAUCUUCACAGUUGAGUACUUGCUUCGCCUGGCUGCAGCACCUAGUCGUUACCGUUUUGUGCGUAGUGUCAUGAGUAUCAUCGAUGUGGUGGCCAUCCUGCCUUAUUACAUCGGGCUGGUGAUGACAGACAAUGAGGAUGUCAGCGGAGCCUUUGUCACGCUCCGAGUCUUCCGGGUCUUCCGGAUCUUUAAGUUUUCCCGCCACUCUCAAGGCCUGCGCAUCCUGGGGUACACACUGAAGAGUUGUGCCUCAGAAUUGGGCUUCUUGCUCUUCUCGCUCACCAUGGCUAUCAUCAUUUUUGCCACAGUCAUGUUCUACGCAGAGAAGGGGUCUUCAGCCAGCAAGUUCACCAGCAUCCCUGCUGCCUUCUGGUACACCAUCGUCACCAUGACUACACUAGGGUAUGGUGACAUGGUACCAAAAACCAUAGCAGGGAAGAUUUUUGGUUCCAUCUGUUCGCUGAGUGGGGUCUUGGUCAUUGCUCUUCCUGUUCCAGUGAUUGUAUCUAACUUCAGUCGGAUCUACCACCAAAAUCAACGAGCAGACAAACGGAGAGCACAGAAGAAAGCCAGACUGGCCAGGAUCCGGGCAGCCAAAACCGGAAGCGCCAACGCUUACAUGCAGAGCAAACGGAAUGGCUUACUCAGUAAUCAGCUGCAGUCCUCAGAGGAUGAGCAGGCCUUUGUUAGCAAAUCCGGCUCCAGCUUUGAAACCCAGCACCACCACCUGCUUCACUGUCUGGAAAAAACCACGAAUCACGAGUUUGUGGAUGAGCAGGUCUUUGAGGAAAGCUGCAUGGAAGUUGCGACCGGAAACCGGCCUUCAAGCCACAGCCCCUCUCUCUCUUCGCAAGGAGUCACCAGCACUUGCUGUUCACGACGACACAAAAAAACCUUCCGCAUCCCAAAUGCCAACGUUUCCGGAAGCCACCGGGGCAGUGUGCAAGAACUCAGUACGAUCCAGAUCAGAUGUGUGGAGAGAACCCCGCUGUCUAACAGCCGAUCCAGUUUAAAUGCCAAAAUGGAAGAAUGUGUUAAACUAAACUGUGAACAACCUUAUGUGACCACAGCAAUAAUAAGCAUCCCAACACCUCCAGUGACCACCCCUGAAGGAGACGACAGGCCAGAAUCUCCGGAGUACUCAGGAGGCAAUAUUGUCAGAGUGUCUGCUUUGUAAGACAAUUGGAACCAGGUGUAAGAAAAUUUGAGCUCUGGCUGUGGAAAGAAUUCCAAUGUGGAAGAAAGAAGAAAUAAAUAAACCUUUUGCAGAUGAAAACAGCAAAGCAAGAAGGUUGGCAGUGAAAUAAAAAACAAAGCUUCCAAACCUGAGGAUGGAAAUAAAACCACCAAAUGGCAUUUCUAGACAAAGUUGACCUGUUAUACAGAGGAAGAGUCUGUGACCCUUUGACUUUGUGAAUGAGCACAAUGAAAUGCCGCCUAUCGAUGCUUCUUAUGAUCUGAACUCUUUUUUAAUAAAAUAAAUAAAACAAAUCUUUGAACAUAAUGUUCCAGUUGAAUGCAAAACAAAAAAAAUAUGGAAAACAUUUUGAUAAAAAUUUUUCCUGUUAAAACCAUGAACAUUGGCUAUGAUGAAGAUUAUUACGUGUUAAAAAAAAAAAAAAAAACAACUCCUAUGACACAUUUGUAUUGACUGAAGGAAACCAUCAAAAUGCAUGCUAGAAUUCUUUGAAGCAGUGAUUUCAGUGUCCUUAUGUUGUCUUCAGAAUAGGCAUGAUAAACUAUAAUUGUAGAAAGGGGGAAUUUCUGUGCACUUACAACAAGCUGAUUGUUCAUGUUCUAUGGUGGGCUGUGCCAAUAAACUCCUUUAGAGCUGCGGUAUUUCUCAUGGGGAUGCUCAUUAGUAAAUCUAAAGUGUUCAGAUAGUUCAGUAUUAAUUAUUGUUUUACCUUGCACCUAGAUACUGGUACAACUGCAAUAAUUCAUUGUACACCUGUUGUAUCAGGAAUCAGGAUUUUUUGUUGUCGUACUUUCCAGAUCUUCAUAGAUACAGUAAGAGCCACGUUCAUAGAAACACUUCUGGUGUGGCCAGGUUUUAGAUAACUUUUUAAUCCAAAACUAUUGUGCCAUAAAUGUUUUUCAGUAAUAUCCUUUGGUCCGCUGUGUCCCCGUGACAGUGCAUUAUCUGUUCUUGUACUUCUACAGCGCCUUUCUAUUGGGUUUGUCGUCAUCAACUGGACUAACGUUUUGUAGUUCAAAUGACUUUCCUACUUUUGUAUUCCCCGACAUACUACCUUGUAAGUAGAUUACUAUCAUCAAUCCCCUUAUCAAAAAUCAGGAAAAAGGAGUUGACAUCUAUGAAUGAUCUCUAACCUCUUUGCUGUUAGGGAAAAGCCCAGACACUGGAUAUAUCGCUAUGUGUUUCAGGCAAAGAGUAGGCUGGGAUUAAUAUCACUAAAUCAGUGAUCCCAGAAUAUCGCUUGAUGUAUUAUUUAUUUUACUUUAGAUCUUGAAUACAUUUUGAGAAUAACUAAUGUGAAUUGAAAUGCAGAGAUUAAGAACUAGAGUACUUUAUGUAGCAAUAUUUGAUGAAAGCACGCUCUCUACGCCACUGGAGAAGGCCACACAAAUUCAUCGGAGGAAGGCUCCUGUACACGGCAAGGAGCAAUUUUCUCCACUAAAUCAGGAGGAUGGGAGUUUGAGGAUGCAAAGUUGAUCUCUGUGUACAUUUAAGUGAAAAGUCUUUAUACCUUUUCACCUUUAAAAUAUAUCAGCAGACAUGUCUGCACGUGACAGUGUAAAAAAGUUUUAUGUCAAAUGAAAAGUUUUGUUCAUUCCAAACCACCACCGUAAGAAAUAACGUUUAGCUUCCGUACAUGGAAAGAAUUAAUAAUUAUCCCUCUACUAUAGAGAUUUUAAAAUGCUUAUCAUAAUUUAUCAUAAAAAGGAAUUAAUCCAACCAUUUUCAAGUAAAGCCAGAAAUUCUUGCUUCCCAUUUCUAGAAUAGCUUCUAGAACAGUGCUGUGCACAUGGUAGAUCUUAAUAAACAUUUGCUGAAUAAAAGUAAGAUACACUCCACUAUCUCUCGGGAAGAACUGGCUUUACUCCUAGUAUGUCUUUUAAAAAGUUACUAAUCUUCCUGGAGUGUGAAUAUUAACAAUUAUAUUAACACCUGCCUCAUGUCACUUUAUGCUUCUAGAGCAAAUAUAGUGAAACGUCUUUGAUGGCAUUUGUUGAAAAAACUUUUUAAAAAGUAGACUAAGGAAACCACAAUCAGGAAUACUUAGGUCUUUUGAUUCCCAAUGAAAAGUUCUAUUUUCAUGUUCUUAAUACUACAUUUUUAAAAAUGCAGUUAGAUUAUUUCAGUUGACAAUUCUGUCUCCUUUUCAACUUAUCAUUUAUCCCAAACUAUUAAUUCCUUUAGAUUUUUGGAAAAGAAAAAAAAAACUUUUUGGUGUUUUAGGUGAUUUAAAAAUAUACUGUGUUGGUGGUGAAUGACUAUUGAUGACUGUGUGUUAAGUGCAUCUGUAUUGUAAGUGAAAUGUAAUUAUUUCUGUGUACCAUAUGGAGUAACCAAGGUCAUUGUUUUUGACAAUUUUGUUUGAAAUUCAUAUAUCUUAUUUCAAAGGAUAGCAUAAUAUCUGCAUUAUGCUGGAAAAAAAUAGACCUUUGGAGAAUACUUAAAUAAAACAUGUGCAUGCUUGAACAGGACAA